UUGGAGCUAUAUGUGACUAGAAGGACUAUGGAACCUCUGCAGCUCUGUAGGUCCGGACGGCUUAAAUCCAAGCUUGCAAAGGCUUUUUCCAUUCCAGAUGAUUUGCUGGGUUAAGCGCUUAAUUAGGAUGGCUUUUGAACAAGUUGGAUUAAACAUGGACUCAGUGCUUUGGUCAAGCAAGCCUUAUGGUUCAUCUCGAAGUAUUGUAAGAAAAAUUGGUAGUAACCUUUCUCUUAUCCAGUGUCCAAGAGUUCAGUUUCAGCUUACUUCUCAUGCCACAGAAGGGAACUAUCCUAAUCAACUCAGAGAAGAUGCCGUGGCCUCCUUUGCAGAUGUGGGAUGGGUUGCUCAAGAGGAAGGUGAAGUCUCUACAAGGCUCAGAUCAGAAGUUUGGUCCAAAACAGGCCAGCCCCUUUCAGGUGAACUACACCAUUCUAGAAGACAGGUGUCUUUACCAAACCCAUUACAAGAAGAACCAGUGACCAGGAGUGCAGUGACCGCAAAUGAAGAAGCUCUGCAAAAGAUCAGUGCUCUAGAAAAUGAACUAGCCACUUUAAGAGCACAAAUAGCCAAAAUUGUAAUCUUGCAAGAACAGCAGAAUCUGACAGCAGUUGGGUUAAGUCCAGUUGCUUCAGCUGCUGUCCCUGUUGUGCCGUCACUGCCACCACCGCCGCCACCUCCUCCACCUCCCCCGCUCCCUCCCCCUGGUCUACAACGGAGUAUGUCUGCAAUUGAGCUCAUUAAAGAACGAAAAAACAAAAAAACAAACUGUGGGCAGCCUCUCAUAGAAAAUGGGCCAAAGAAGCCUGAAAUACCAAACAUGUUAGAAAUCCUCAAAGAUAUGAACAGUGUGAAACUACGCUCAGUGAAAAGAUCAUUGGAAGGUACAAAAUCUAAAGUAGCUGACCCUGCAGAUCCUGCAGCUUUAAUAGCAGAAGCUCUCAAAAAGAAAUUUGCUUAUCGAUACCGAAGUGACAGCCAAAGCGAAACUGAAAAAGUGAUUCCAAAGUCUGAAACAAAGACAGAAGUAGCACUGUUUGGACCGCACAUGCUGAAGUCGACAGGAAAAAUGAAGACUUUAAUUGAAAAGUCUUAAUGCAUCAAGAUCACUACAUGAAAGACUGUAAACUGUUUUGACUAAGUGUUGCAAAUAGCACUAGUACUGAGUGGUCUCCUACAAUGCAGGAAAAAAAAGUAAUGUGAAAUGUAGAAUUGAGGCACUAAAGAUGUCAAGGUUGAGGUGCAUGUUUGUAUGCGGUUUAAAAGGGAUAGAUUUGACUGUUAACUCAGGUAUUAAUUUUGUAUUCAAACCUGGCUUUCUACCCAGACUUGUUGUGGUUUUAUUCAUUAACACUAAGUAAGUUACCUAUAUGAUAUUUUUGUGCAUAACUGACCACCUUAACAUAAUUUGUAAUAAUGAUACUGAUACACCUUUAGUUAAAGCUCAAAUGACUGAUGUUAACUUAAAACUUGCACUAUGAUAUUUAGUUUGAUACUACAUUUUUCAUGUCAAAGUUGUUCUUUUAAACAGAGCUUUAGCAAUUUUUUUUAUCCCAAAGAAAAAUUGAAUAUAUUCUGCUUCAUACGGAAAGCAAGCAAAAACUUGAAUCUGCCUCAAAGGUCACC